CGCGAGGUGGGCGCACUGCGAUGGAGACGCGGCGCGCUCUGCCAGGGGCUCGCGCUGCCCGUCUGGUGACAGCCGCCGGCUGGUGACAGCCUCCGUCCGGGGACAGCAGCCGUCCGGGGACAGCCACCGUCCGGGGACAGCCUCCCACCGUCGCCCCCCAGCACAGCCCGGCCGCGGGGACCGGCGGAGGGGCGCGGAGCGGGCGGGGAGCUGCGCUCCCGCACCUGCCCGCCGCGGGGGCAUGCCCCAGGGCCGCCCGCAGCGCAGCCGCUCGCAGCGCGCCCGGGAGCGGAGGUAGCGGCUCGGCAGAGCCCCCCCGCACCGCCCCCGCCGCCCUUUUCCCGGAGCCCGGCUCCCGGCCGCCCCCCGCCGCUCGCCCUCCCCGUCGGGUCCAUCCGACCGCCGGGUGCGGAGCCGCCACCAUGGCCACGCUCCUCCGCAGCAAGCUCUCCAACGUGGCCACCUCCGUGUCCAACAAGUCCCAGGCGAAGAUGAGCGGCAUGUUCGCCAGGAUGGGCUUCCAGGCGGCCACCGACGAGGAGGCGGUGGGCUUCGCCCACUGCGACGACCUGGACAUGGAGCACAGGCAGGGGCUGCAGAUGGACAUCCUCAAGGGCGAGGGAGGCGAGGAGGGCGGCGAGCCGCCCCUGGAGGGGGACAUCCACUACCAGAGGGACGGCACCGGCCCCCUGCCGCCCUCUGCCUCCAAGGACGCGGGGUCUGCUCCUGAGCUCUCCGGGCAAGGCAAGCCCAAGAUCACGGCGUGGGAGGCGGGCUGGAAUGUCACCAACGCCAUCCAGGGGAUGUUUGUUCUGGGCCUGCCCUAUGCCAUCCUUCAUGGUGGAUACCUAGGACUCUUUUUAAUAAUUUUCGCUGCGGUGGUUUGCUGCUACACUGGGAAAAUCCUUAUUGCCUGUCUUUAUGAAGAGAAUGAGGAUGGGGAGAUAGUCAGGGUGAGAGACUCCUACGUGGACAUAGCCAACGCGUGCUGUGCGCCCCGCUUCCCCACGCUCGGAGGCAGAAUUGUGAACGUGGCUCAGAUCAUUGAACUGGUCAUGACCUGCAUCCUCUAUGUGGUGGUCAGUGGGAACCUGAUGUACAACAGCUUCCCCAACCUGCCUGUCUCCCAGAAGUCGUGGUCCAUCAUUGCCACGGCCGUGCUCCUGCCCUGCGCGUUCUUGAAGAACCUCAAGGCAGUCUCCAAGUUCAGCUUGCUCUGCACGUUGGCCCACUUUGUGAUCAACAUCCUGGUGAUCGCCUACUGCCUCUCCAGGGCACGCGACUGGGCGUGGGACAAAGUCAAGUUUUACAUUGAUGUGAAGAAAUUCCCCAUCUCCAUUGGCAUCAUUGUCUUCAGCUACACCUCUCAGAUCUUUCUGCCUUCCUUGGAGGGGAACAUGCAGAACCCCAAGGAGUUCCACUGCAUGAUGAACUGGACUCACAUAGCAGCUUGCAUCCUUAAGGGACUCUUUGCCUUGGUCGCCUAUCUGACCUGGGCUGAUGAGACCAAGGAGGUCAUCACAGACAACUUGCCAUCCACCAUUAGGGCAGUAGUCAACAUCUUCUUGGUGGCCAAAGCCUUGCUCUCCUACCCCCUGCCGUUCUUUGCAGCUGUGGAAGUCCUGGAGCGAUCCCUCUUCCAGGAUGGAAACAGGGCGUUCUUCCCCAACUGCUACGGGGGCGACGGGCGGCUCAAAUCCUGGGGACUCACCCUCAGAUGCGCCCUGGUAGUCUUCACCCUGCUCAUGGCCAUCUAUGUCCCGCAUUUUGCCCUCCUGAUGGGUCUUACCGGGAGCCUCACAGGCGCAGGGCUCUGCUUCCUGCUCCCCAGUCUUUUCCACCUCAAACUCUUGUGGAGGAAGCUCUUGUGGCACCACGUCUUCUUCGACGUCGCCAUUUUCGUUAUAGGGGGUAUCUGCAGCGUCUCGGGCUUCAUCCACUCUUUGGAAGGCCUCAUAGAGGCCUUCAGAACCAACGCGGAAGACUAAGGAGGGGCCAGAGCUGGCUGCAGCAAGAGAAUCGCAUCGAACAUCUGCAUAGCCAAAAAAAUCCGCAUCCCUUGAAUGAAGAGAGUCAUUAUUUUCGUUACGUGCAUCCAACAAAUUCUGUGUCUUAGAAAUCUGCAAAUUAAAUGAGAUAAGACGAGAAGACAGUGUUCGCCCUGCCAUCUUUUUAAAUAAGCUAAGAGUUAAAUAUAUUUUUUUGUUAUUUAGAAUGUUUUAAAGGAAAAUACGUGGUGCCCCAUCCCGAUCUCCUCACUAGUUGCCUGAAGCUUGGCCCCCCCGCGAAGGACCAGUCGGGAACCGAUCGCAGCUUUACUGCUCCUCACAGCUCUGCAGUUCGGUGCUUCAGGAGGAGGAACAGGCGCCGACCCGAUGGGACUGGGGCUCUGGGCUUACAGACGGAAGCGAGCAAGCUGCGGGCGCUGGGAGCAGGGCCCUUCCUUUAUUUUACAUGGGUUGAGAGAGAAGUAAACGAGCCCCGGAUUGUGUGGCCGGCCCAGCAAGCCCAACGCUGAUGACUGCAGCGAUGCCAGGACUGCUGAAUUCUCCCACCCGGACUCACACCGAGGAACGGCGCUGCCCAUCGAUCACAUUUUGCCUCUGGUUGAAAUCACAAACCCGGAGUCCACUUCUCAGUGAUUUUGUUUUGUUUUGUUUUGUUUCAUUUUAACGAUUGUUACUUCUAAAUUAUGAAAAGAAAAGCAUAUAUAUGUUGUUGGAUUUGACGUCGUUCAGGAUACAGAAACAAAACUAAGACAAAACUCAUUCUGUGCAAUCUACCAGAUCCGUGGAGCUGUUUCCAAUGUAUGUGUGGUGUAAUUGUGGUAAAUAAGAUGAAAAAUGUAUAUCAGAAAAACAAAAGUCUAUCUUUAACUUAUAAUGUGGUACAUAAAUAUAUCGAACAAUAAAGAGAAAACCUAUCCGAG